CUGGAUGACACCAUGAGACCAGUGUCCCUGGGACUGUUCCUCACCUUCACUCUGUUGCCUUUCACUGCUGGCCACAUCCUACUGGGAUUAUCGGAGGGGAGAAGCAGGGAGCAGAAAGUGUGGGUCAGAGAGGGGAGUUCAGCCGUGUUGCCCUGCCACGUGAGACCCAGAAAUAUGAGGGAGAGCUCAAAGCAGCUGUCUGACAAGAUAUCUGUGCUGUGGAAGAGGCAUGGGGGAAGUGUGCACCAGGAGCCACACGUGGUGCUGGAAGCUGGGUACUCGGGCCUCCAGAAGACAGCACAGCUCAUGAAGCCCCGGGUGUCACUCCAGGACUCCACCUUACGCAAUGGCAAUUUCUCCCUGAGGAUCGACCCCGUCCGGAGUGAGGACGUUGGGCUGUAUGAGGCACAGGUGAAACACCAAACAGAGGUCCACAGCUGCCACGUGGAGCUGGGGGUGAUCACAGUAAACCUCAGUCCACCCAAUCCAGUGAUAGAAAAUGAGCUGCUCUUGAUGAGCUGCAACUCCAGCCACCGGGCCAGCCUUGUGGAGACAUGCUGGUUCCACCUGGGCCCCACCUCCAGGACUUUCUGCUCCUUGUCUGGGACUGUCUCCAUCCUCUAUCCAGCCAUGAGUGAUGCGGGCUCCUGGCGAUGCCAGCUUCGGUACUCCGAUAAGGAGAUAAUUUCUGCCACAUUCAACCUGCAAAUUCUAGGUUUUGAUGGCCCAACCAACCCUGUGGUCUAUGCAGCAGCUGGCUCUGCAGCCGAUCUACCAUGCAGUCUGAGCUACGUUCCCAGUGCCUUUGGGAUGAGCGUGGUGGCAGCCCACUGGAGCCACCUUGCAGGAGGACAUUUGCAAGACUGGGGCGUCUCCCAGAAUCUGAGCAGCAGAAGCUUCCCCCUGCAUCUCCCGGCUGUGGGGCUGGGUGAUGCAGGGCAGUACCGCUGCACUGUCUCUGUGGGACACAGGACAAUCAUCAGGGAUGUGACCUUGGCCGUGGUCACAGUGACUCCAAGCAUUCAAGGGCCGGUUUCUGAGGGGAAUCAUUUGCUGCUCAUCUGCAGCCUCACGCACUCCCAGGGACAUGAGCGUUUCCAGUGGACACACCUUGACUCAGCCACCACUAAGAGCAAGCUGGCUGAGGCUGCUCCCCGUAACUUGGGGGGCCACAGUUCCCAGAUGGGACCUACCUUGGAAAUAUCCCAAGUGUCACAAAAGGACACAGGCACCUGGGAAUGCAGUGUGUAUGGCCCCGAUGGCAAAUUGGGAGCAGUGGAGUAUGACCUGCAGAUCACAGGUGCCCAGGUCUCCAGCGCUCCCUCCAUCUUCAGUGGGCAGAUUACUUUUGGUCUCACACUCACCCUCUUCUUCCUGCUUGCCAUUUGUGUUGUGGCUCUGGCCCUACAAAAAAGGGCACAGACUCCAGCCUUCCCAGCACUGGAAGGGAUGUUUGCAGUCAAUGUGCCGUGGAAGUCCAUGGAGGAAAAACAGAAAGGGAAGAUCCAGCAAAUGGAGUGCUGA